CGCAGGUUUCUGGCGUCCGGCUUAUACGUCAGUCCUACCAGAGUCGGGGAAGCAACGCGGCCGCAAACAUGACGCGCGCCGUGCUAUUUAUAAGUGUAUUUACCAUAUUUUUGGACGUCCUGCAUGCUGGACAGGCCAGCAGCGGCGCCGAGCCCCAGGUGGCUGUCCUCUGCGAGGCGGGCAGCACCUACCACCCUCAGUACAUGUCCGCCGCCGGCCGGUGGACGCCCGACCUUACAACCAAGCCCCACAACUGCCUCAAGGACAAGAUGGAGAUUCUCGACUACUGCAAGAAGGUUUACCCGAGCCACGAUAUCACUAACAUUGUCGAAGCUUCCCACUACGUGAAAGUAAGCAACUGGUGCAAGCUGGGAACCAGCAACGCUGCCAAGUGCAAGGUCACCAGAUGGGUCAAGCCUUUCCGCUGUCUCGAAGGUCCAUUCCAAUCGGAUGCGCUGUUGGUGCCUGAGAGCUGCCUGUUCGACCACAUCCACAACCAGAGCCGAUGCUGGCAGUUCGCGCGGUGGAACGCUACUGCCGGCCGCGCUUGCGCUCAACGAGGACUACGGCUCAGGACCUUCGCGAUGCUCCUGCCCUGCGGAAUCAGCUUGUUCUCUGGCGUUGAGUUUGUCUGCUGCCCAAAACAUUUUAAGGAAAACGUAAAGAUGCACAAACCCAUGGAUGUCGGCGUACCAGUCAGCCCUGGUGGUGAGGACAUGCUGGCAGCUUCCGCGGCGAUGGACGAACGUGAUGACGACCUUCUUGAUGACGAUGAUGCUCUUGAUGACGAUGAUGAUGAUGACACCCUGAACCUUAGCGACGACGACGAUGACGAUGAUGCUGAUGACGAUAUGGACGAAGACGAAGACGCGGAUCUGUCGAGAGAUGACGACGCCGAAGACGACGACUACACCGACGCCGAUGACAGCGCCUGGCCACGACCCGAGUCUUCCUCAUCACCUUCCACCACCACUUCAACCACUACCACUACCACCACCACUACGGCUUCUACUGCUACCUCGGACCCUUACUUCUCCCAUUUCGACCCUCGCACUGAGCACCAGAGCUACAAAGAUGCCCAACAACGCCUGGAGGAAACUCACCGUGAAAAGAUUACCAAAGUGAUGAAGGAAUGGUCCGAACUGGAAGACAGGUACCAAGCAAUGAUGUCCGCUGACCCCGCCGCCGCCCAGACUUUCCGCCAACGCAUGACUGCUAAAUUCCAGGCUAAUGUUCAAUCUCUGGAGGAAGAAGGCGUGGCGGAACGUCGUCGGUUGGCCGCCCUUCAUCAGCAGCGAGUCCUGGCGCACCUUGCUCAGCGACGCCGCACCGCGCUCGCCUGCUAUACACGCUCUCUUCGCGACACUCCACCAAAUGCCCACCGCGUCCAGAAAUGCCUGCAACGUUUGGUCCGAGCCCUAGCUGCUGAACGUAGUGGAGCUCUUGCUGCGUGGAGACGCGCUGCUGCCGCUGGAAGGGAAGCCGCUGCUGCCGAACGUACCAGCGCUGCUGAUCGACUUCAGGAUGCCGACCGUGCUCUGCAACGUGCCCUGACCGCUCUCCGUCGCCGCCCCCACCUCUAUGCCAGCAUCGGAACCGCUAUUGAAGACUAUGUGCAAUCCAUGCAAUCCAAGGAUGACAUGGCCGUAUCCCUGAUGUCGAUGACUCCCGAAGCCGAGGAACUGUUGUUAGACCGCAUCGAAGCCGAGGUGCAGCGCGAGCAGGCCGCACGCGAACAACUCAGUGUCAAGAGGGACCAGCGCGCCAGGCAACGACAGGACAUUCAGAACGAACGGGCUAAGACCUCCAACGGCGUGAAGGAAAGCGAAGAGAGCGAUGAUGAAGCCAGCGAGCCCAGCGAGAACGAGACCAGCACAGCGGCCCCUACACCCACGUCUGCACCCUCGUCUCCUGCCUCCGCUACUCCCGCCCCAUCUGCUGCCCCUGUGUCCGUCCAUGACAUCACUACUCGCUCUGGAUUUACACAGGACACUACCACUACCGAAAUGAUCACUACCACUGUAACCGAUGCUCCCGAGAGCGAGACUGCUGAGACUAUUGAAGCAAGCGAGACCACGAGCCGACGAUCCACUAGUGAGACUGAAGGCGAGGGACUGCGUGCCGCUUUGGAACAUGCUGAAGAACGCGCACCACCUCCACCCGCCCACGCUCUCAAACAUGAACUGCAACACUCACAGCCUGGUUACACGGUCCGCGGCGCGGGCCCGAGCGGCGCGGGCGGAGCGGGCGGGUCGGGCGCGCUGUACCCCGCGCUGUGCGUGGGCGGCGCCGCGCUCGCCGCCGCCGCAUGCGUCGCACUUGCUGUUGCGCGCCGCCGCGAUCGUGCGCCGCAUGCGCAGGGCUUCGUGCAGGUUGAACAGACCGGCGUGGUGGCUCCCACUCCGGAAGAGCGACACGUAGCCAACAUGCAGAUCAACGGCUACGAGAACCCCACCUACAAGUACUUCGAAGUCAAGGAGUAGAUGCCUACCUUCUCUCUCUCACCAAAACUCCGUCCCACCAGGCCUGCCUCGUAGCACUUUAUACCUUGCUAUGAACCCUUCAUAAAAAUUCGGAGCUUGUACGUCUAUUUCUAACGUUGAGUAGAUCUAAGAUAUUUUUCAUCACAGUUCUAGAAUUCUUCACAUACGACACAAGUACAGAUUUUUUACGAUUUAAUGUUACUGUAAAAUGUAAAAAAUAGCUCGUUGCUCAAAAACAACUGCCAUCGAUUUGUACUGGGGUUUUUGAAGUAGACGAUAGGAACAUGAUUGGUUCAGCGGCAGCAGACUACUCAAUACAGAUGGGAAUAGACGAACUUCUAAAUUAUAUGCGAUGUGUGCGAUGCCCCUAUGCGUCCGGAUGAGUGUUUCCCCACACCUUUAUCUAUGUCCCCUCGUAAAUUUUUUAUGGAAUGAAUGUGUGUGAAUAUAUCUAUGUAACGCAUCGCAAGCCUGGUGGGGGAGCCGCAGAACCCUGUGUUAUAAAUUCAUUUAAUAAAGCUUGUGUGAUUAGUGGAUAUACAUUGGUUCGCCGCAUUCCGCGGUCAGUCAAAUACUGUUAUGGUUAAGAGAACGGUUUUAUUAUUUUGUUAAUUUUUGCACCAAAAUAUUUAUUAUUAUUUGAUAAGGUUUUAGAUCUAAGUUUUUCGUCUAGCGUCCUAGAUCUCAUAAGUGUCACCGUAGUAAAAGUUUUAUAAAAUUAAGUUUUCGAGGCCGCGGCCCCGUUGACAAUAUCCGAUGAAUUAUCUUCGUUCAUUUAUCAAACGCAUUUUCUGGAUAUUGUAUUAUUUUAGCCGAUCUCGGUUCUAUUAAGACUGUGUUUCAUUUUAUAAUUUUGCGCCACGGUUCGUUGGAUAUGAUCAGUGGGGCGAGUGGAACAAACGUCCAUGGUACGCUGUGUAUAUAGGCUCCGCGUACAAAUUUGAACCUUAUUACUUACUCUAAACGCCCGCUUUCAUUUCCUUUUUCUAACGUAGGUAGAUCAUAACGUGAAUUUUAUGUAAUAAAAUGCGAAAAUAUAUUUUAAUAAUAAAUGUGUACUUAGCGAUGGAACGGGCGGCGAAGCCGGCGCGGGCGAACGACUUCAACACUCGAUUACACUUCGACAAGCCUAUUAUCACUUGAAGCAUUCCUUUAUCGAUUUCAGUAGCUGUAUUUAUGUGAGAGUGUAUGGGUCUGUUUAAUUUCGCCCAAUACCCAGCUGUGUACCUUUGUUCGCCUGCGGGACAAUACUCGAGCUCCCGAAUAGGAUAGCCGUGUACUCAACGUGUGUUACUCGGUUUCGGCACAACACUUAUGAUUAUUGGCGCAACAACAAUCGUAAAGUGAUAGUUUCGUUCAGUCUAGUCAUGAGUAGGGGCAUCCGUGUUCGGUGAAACACUUCGGCAAGCGGUUGUGACGCUGGACGCACCUUGGGUACUCGGUCGCGGUGAAGCGAUAAGCUUAGUGAGUGUAUGUAUGUUAUUAUAUAAGUAGAUGUACAAAAAGUAAUACAUUAUAUAGAUGUUUUAGCGUCAGAUACAUAGAUAUAAAGCAAAAUAUUAUUAUAUAUCGCAUUCGUCCGUAUAAAGUAAGGGCUUGCGCUCGUGUCUAAUCCCAGUACCACACUUAAUGUUACGUCGUAGUUAAGAUGUAAUUCUGCCUCAGUAUUAUACAUUUAAGCUUAUUUGUUACAUAAGCUAAUUUAUAUACACUAUUUCUAUUAUUUUGCGGGCGUGGUGGCGUUACUACAAAUGAAGUCAUAUCAGACCGUCACGGCGCUGCGUUCGCGUCUCUUUUGCUACGUCUCGGCAACUGAGACUGAUUCCUGGAAUGGUUACUAGAUGGCGUUGAAUGGCACUGUGCCGUGGCAGCAGAGGCGUGAGCAAGCGCCCGCCCGUUGCUUAUCGUACGGCAUUUACGUAAGUAACUCACUGUAUAACGUAAGAUUUAUCCCGCAUCAAGUAACCGCUGUGUAUUUUUAAUAUUGAUAUCGAGCCGACCACUUAUUUUUUUAACAAAACUUUUUGCUCAAAAAAUCAGCUGUCUCUCGUCGGUAUAAAUAUGUUCUACAUUAUAAUCGAUCUUAAUUCGUCGUUCGUCAACAGUGUUCGAUGUUGUAGUGACUAACUGUAAUCCCCGAUCACCGUUUCAUGGUAUUUAAAUAAGUCUUAUAAUAAAUGGUUUGAAAAUUACUUUGUGUUUACCGUGCUGCAUUUUAUUGUGAGUUCGAAGUUCAAAUUGAAUCAAUAAAUAGAAAUUUAAAAUA